AUGGCGAGCGGCGGCGGGAGUUCGCUGGUGCCGGUGUUGCCGCCGUUCCUGACCAAGUGCUACGACAUGGUCGACGAUCCGUCGACCGACGACACGGUCUCCUGGAGCAAGACGAGCAACAGCUUCGUGAUCUGGGACCCCCACGCCUUCUCCCAGGACCUUCUCCCCAAGUACUUCAAGCACAGCAAUUUAUCGAGCUUCGUCCGCCAGCUCAAUACCUACGGAUUCCACAAAGUUGACCCUGAUAGAUGGGAGUUCGCUAAUGAAGGAUUUCUAAGAGGUCAAAAACAUUUGCUGAAGACUAUUACAAGAAGAAAGCCGGCACAUAAUAAUAUUGUUCCUCCGCAGCAGCAGCCCCAUCCGAAAACUGAAUCGAUAAAUGGAGUCAUCGAGGUUGGGAACUUUGGGUUCGAGGAGGAAAUUGAAAUUCUCAAGAGGGAUAAGAAUGCCCUCAUGCAGGAGCUAAUAAAAGUGAGGCAGCACCAGCAGAACUCUGAACUUGAACUACAUAGCUUGGUCCGACGAAUUCGCUGCAUGGAACAAAAGCAGCUAGAAAUGAUGUCGCUUCUAGCUAUGGUCGUUCAAACCCCUAAUUUUAUAGCACAACUAGUUCAGCAAAACGUCAAUGACAGGUGGAGUAACAUAAACAAAAGAAGAAGGCAGCUUCCUCCACCAGAACACAAUGUUUUAGAGGGUGCAGAAGCAGUUUCCGAUGGGCAAAUGAUCAAAUACCAGCCUUUUGCCCCAGAAAUCAUGAAAUCAUCCUUUUUGCCUGUAGCGAAUUCAAAAGAAUCAGGCAGUGUGUUCAACGAUUUGCACUCAAAUGGAGUUAGCAUGACGGUCGGAGAUGAUCUCGCUUUGCCCUUCCAAGAAAAUGGGUCUCUAACAAAUCUGGAAGAUCUGGAGCAACUUUUAGCCAGUUCGGCAGGGGAGAACAGUGAGCAAAUCGAACCUGGAGCUUUAGCAGAGUAUAUGAGGAGCCUUGAUUUUACUGAACAGGAGACUGAUGGAUGCAUGGGAAAUCUAAUAUCGGAAAAAGGCAGCAACAACAUGGUUGUAUGGUAG